AUGUCCCUCGAUAGUCUUAAUUCUGACGGCAAAACGCUCCUGGGCAUCUGUUGGAAUUUGGAGACAAACGGAUAUAGCCGAGAAGAAGACAUAAACCAUCUAAACACCAACUCAAUACUUGAUGAGCACAUCAAAUGUGUCUCAAAAGAUAUCGCUGAUGACGACCUCUUCAAGCUAGCCAUCCUUACUUGGAGCGUUGAUGCAAAUUCCCAAUUGCUGUCCCAAGAGCUUUUUUACUUUCUCAUUAACCUACGUGAGAAAAACGACAUCUUAUAUCCCAUACUUCACACAACAUACAGCAAGUUCGCCCAAAAGUGUUCAACAUACCGGUCAUUUAGACGAGAUUUCACAAAAUGGCUCAACUCCCUCGAGGAUUGUUUGACACAUGAAUGGAAUGUCAUCUGGAAAUACACGUCUUUGGAACGACAAACCCCCGCACCAUAUCCAAAGUUGUCUCAAGACCAUCUGCUAGCUAUGGAUAACUCUUCCAGCCGUGAUGUUGGGGGAUGUCAUACUAUUUCCGCCAGCGCUGUUUAUUCUAAUCUUCAGAAUGAAGGUACCCGUCCAGGACAACCAGAACAUCCGGAUGUUUUACCAUCCAAGGAGGGGGAGGAUAAUGGUGGAGAGGAGCGAGGAUUGAGCAGCAACAUCAAUGAGGUUCAAAAUCACACUGUCCCUGGGGCGGAGCGAGAACAACAGAUCCUUCUUCAGCUAGACACUCGGCCGGUAACAGAAAAGCAAUUGGCCAUUGAUGUCCACGGGAUCUAUGCCGGAUUGGUGAUGGCGGAGGAGAAAUGCAUUGAAAUGACCAAGCAGCAGGCCGAGUCGCCAGAAAAACCGUCAGAUUAUCAAUGGCAGGCUCUGAUUUCUCUGCACCAGACCCUGUUCUGUGAACAUCAUGACUUCUUUCUCGCCUCGCAGCACCCGUCUGCAAGCCCGGCUUUGAAACGGUCACCUGAGGAGUACGCCAUGCCGGCCCGCAUGUGGCGCUAUGGUAUCCAUUCAUUUCUGGAAUUAUUGCACCAUCGACUUCCAGACUCGCUGGAACAUACACUUACAUUCCUUUACUGGGCAUAUUCAAUGAUGACCCUAUUUCUGGAAAGUGUUCCCGCCUUUGAAGAUACCUGGAUUGAAUGUCUUGGUGACUUGGCCCGAUACGGCAUGGCCGUCGAAGAUUCUGUUGCUCGAGAUCACGAGAACUGGGCCGGUGUGGCCCGGUACUGGUACCACAAAGCAGCAGAUAAGAACCCAAAUUUUGGCCGGAUCCAAUACCACCUUGCCGUUCUCGCCUACCCAGACAUACUUCAAGAGCUCUCUUACUACACAAAGAGUCUUGUUAGUGUUGACCCGUUUCCUCCUGCUGGAGAGAGCAUUCAAUUGUUAUUCCGCCCACUUCUCAACGAACCCAAACCCUAUAAUCAACCUGCAGUUGCUGUGUUUAUGACUAUUCAUGGAAAACUGUUCAUGCAACGUCCUCUGUCUGAUUUCAAGACGCUCAUGAAUGCGUAUCUGCUCUGUCUGGAUGGAUACAUCCGUCAACAUAGGAGUGCAUUCAAGAUGCAUGGCGUUUUUAUCGCGUCGUGCAAUUUUGCUGCAAUUUUCCAGUAUGGGUCUACUGAUGCUGUGCUAUCUAAUGAGUUCAAGGAGGGCUUGGCGCAAGAUGAGACCAGUCUGACUGCAUCAAAGAAUUGGACGCCUGUUGGGAACUUGGACACAAUUGAGGCUGAGUUUUGUGAGAAUCAGAACUCGCAAUCCCAAAAAAAACUGGUCUACUAUGGUGCUCAUCUCACCUUCAAGACUUUGUCUGCCUUACUGGAUCAGAUUGGCAACAAGAAUGUCUUUCCAGCCGUGCACGCCUACUUGGCCUUUAUCUGGUGCAUGGCCCAAAAUAACACCAACAUAAUGCAUAUUGAACUAGUUGUGCCAUGGAGAAAGCUCACUAUAUUCCUCAAUACAAUGAUCUGUAGCGACACGGAUUCUCGCGUCAUGGAAAGAAACGAGUUCCCCGUCGCAGAGGACAGGAAGUGUUUUCCAGAAGAUUUCCUUCUCCGUGGGCAGGUCUGGAGUCAGCGAUACUUCUCUGCUGACUAUUUUGAGGGUUGUCUGGCGGAGGAUGAUGGACGCUCGAUUGAGGUGCCAUCUCUGACUGUUGCGAGGAUGUAUCGAUGUUUAUGGUUAGGGGUCCGACUUGCGGUGUACAACCGUUGGAUCGAGUAUAUUUCGACCUCCCAAAGAUUUUCUGUGAAACCAUUUGCCCUAGAGCUUGAAAAACGCGCUCAAAAUUGUGAAAUAUAG